GAAAAGUGCCCGUUUUAAAAAUCGAAAAAUUCUUACGAAAUCGAAAAGCGGAGCACCGAUUCUGAGAUUUACAAAUAUACUACAUAGUAAUGUUAUCGAAACCAAGCUGGUAAUCGUGGACCGGAGUUGUACAACUACUCCUCCAGUCAUGAAUCAAUUCGGCCAGCCAAAGCAAACGCAGCAACAGGAUUACGAACUACCCAAUCCGCCAAAUGACACCAUAUCAGCGCUGGAGUUUUCACCGCGAUCGAGUUCCUGGAACGCAAUCUGUGCCGGAAGUUGGGAUAACACCGUGCGCAUUUGGGAGGUGCAAGCGGACAGGCUGGUGCCCAAGGUCAUGAAUUCGCUGGAGGGCACGCCAUUCGAUGUCACUUGGAACGACUCAGGCAACAAGGUAUACCUGAGCGACUCCAGCGGCCAGGUGACUGAGUGGGACUUAGAAUCGAACCAGCUGAGAAAGGUGGGACUUCACGCAAGAGCUGCACGCACCUGCCAUUGGGUGGGCCCCUAUUUGGCCACAACCUCAUGGGACAAGUCCAUUAGGUUCUGGGACCCGCGUGCUGCCAUAGAACUCACCAGGAUGGAGCUACCGGAUCGUAGCUAUGCCGCCGAUGUGCUCAACGACGUGGCGGUGGUGGCCUGCGGCGAUCGGUCCAUCCUGGCCUACACUCUGCGUGGCGGACCCGUGGAGCAGGGGCGCAUGAAGAGUCCGGGCGAGAGCAACACCCAAGUGCGAUCGGUGGCGCUCCACCAGAAUAGAGAUCUGACCAGCUGGCUUAUUGCCAAGACGAAUGGCAUGGUGUUCGAUCAGAGCAUGGCUCAUCGUACGGUCAGUUUUCCAAUCAGGUGCCAUCGACGGGAGAAUUCCGGCAUCCUAGACGUCUAUGCGGUGAACGAAGUGAAGGUCAACAUGGUGACGCAGCACAUUGCCACGGUGGGAUCGGAUGGAGUGUUCUGCUUCUGGGACAGCCAGAUGCGUUCCAAGCUGCUGGAAAGCAAGGUUCAUCCUCAGCCGAUCACUAAGUGCGCCAUCAGUGGCGAUGGCAAGCUCUUUGCGUAUGCUCUGGGCUACGAUUGGUCCAAGGGACACGAGUACUCGGAUUCCAGCAUAAAACCCCACAUAUUCCUGCGCCCGUUUGAAACGAAUGUUGCUGCCUAAAUGCCGACUAUCAGUUGUUUUUUUUAUAUACAGAUUAAAGUUUUACCAUUUUCUAAUUGC